UGCACCAGGAAACGCCUGGGGGAGCGGAGCGCAGUGGAGACCGAAGCCAGGAUGGUGAUGUCUUCGCUGAAGCUUCAAGAUCUCAUCGAGGAGAUUCGAGGGGCCAAGACCCAGGCCCAGGAGCGGGAAGUGAUCCAAAAGGAGUGUGCCCACAUCCGGGCCUCCUUCCGCGACGGGGACCCGCUGCACCGGCACCGCCAGCUGGCCAAACUGCUCUAUGUCCACAUGCUGGGCUACCCCGCCCACUUUGGACAGAUGGAGUGCCUGAAACUCAUCGCCUCCCCCAGGUUCAUAGACAAGAGGGUGGGCUACCUGGGGGCCAUGCUUCUACUGGAUGAGAGGCAGGAUGCCCACCUGCUCAUUACCAACAGCAUCAAGAACGACCUGAACCAGGGUAUUCAGGCCGUACAAGGCCUGGCCCUGUGCACUCUGAGCACCAUGGGCUCCGCUGAGAUGUGCCGGGACCUGGCCACUGAGGUGGAGAAACUGCUCCUGGAGCGAAGCCCCUAUGUGCGUAAGAAGGCUGUUCUGACUGCCGUGCACAUGAUCCGAAAAGUCCCUGAGCUCUCCGACACCUUCCUCCCGGUUUGUGCCAAACUGCUUCACGAACGUCACCACGGCGUCCUGCUGGGCACCAUCACGCUGAUCACAGAGCUCUGCGAACGAAGCCCUGCAGCCCUCAAGCACUUUCGAAAGGUGGUGCCCCAGCUGGUGCAGAUCCUCCGGACUCUGGUGACGACGGGAUACUCCACAGAACACAGCAUAUCUGGAGUCAGUGACCCCUUCCUACAGGUCCAGAUACUUCGUCUGCUUCGGAUUCUGGGCCGGAACCACGAGGAGAGCAGUGAGAGCAUGAAUGACUUGCUGGCCCAGGUGGCCACUAAUACAGACACCAGCCGAAAUGCAGGCAGCGCGGUCCUGUUUGAGACUGUGCUCACCAUCGUGGACAUCCGCUCUGCAGCUGGCCUGCGGGUUCUAGCUGUCAACAUUCUAGGCCGCUUCCUGCUCAACAGUGACAAGAAUAUUAGAUACGUAGCCCUGACGUCGUUGCUGCGACUGGUGCAGUCUGAUCACAGCGCUGUGCAGCGACACCGGCCCACUGUGGUGGAAUGUCUUCGGGAACCUGACGCCUCUCUCAGCCGGCGGGCCCUGGAACUGAGCCUGGCUCUGGUGAACAGCUCCAACGUGCGAGCCAUGACACAAGAGCUUCAGGGCUUCCUGGAGUCCUGCCCCCUUGAUCUGCGGGCAGACUGUGCCUCAGGAAUCCUGCUGGCCGCCGAGAGGUUCGCCCCAACCAAGCGAUGGCACAUAGACACCAUCCUGCGAGUGCUGACAAUGGCGGGCUCCCAUGUCCGGGAUGAUGCGGUGGCCAACCUGACCCAGCUGAUUGGUGGGGCCCAGGAGCUACACGCCUACUCUGUGCGCCGCCUCUACAGUGCCCUGGCACAGGACAUCUCCCAGCAACCGCUGGUGCAAGUGGCAGCCUGGUGCAUUGGGGAAUACGGGGACCUUCUGCUGGAGGGGAGCUGUGAGGAAACUGAGCCACUUCAGGUGGAAGAAGAAGAAGUGCUGGCAUUACUGGAACGGGUGCUGCAGUCCCAUAUGUCCCUGCCAGCCACCCGAGGAUACGCCCUCACAGCCCUCAUGAAGCUUAGCACCCGGCUUCGUGGGGACAACAACCGCAUCCGCCAGGUGGUGUCCAUCUACGGAAGCUGCCUCGACGUGGAGCUGCAGCAGCGGGCUGUGGAGUACAACACGCUCUUCCGGAAGUACGACCACAUGAGGGUCCACCCAGAGGGACACACCUGCGUUCCAUCUCUCAGGGCGGCCAUUUUAGAAAAGAUGCCUCUUGUGGACCGAGGUGGCCCGCAGGCUGAUGAGGAAGUAAAGGAGAGCAAAGAAGCAAACCACCUUUUGGAACCAGCCCCUGUCCCCACAGAGCCCCAGGCCUCAAAGCUCUUGGAUCUGUUAGACCUCCUGGAUGGACCUUCUGAGGAUUCCCAGCAGCCUCCCCCUGUGGAUCCCUCCCCAGAAGGCACUUUAAUACACCUGCUCGACCUUCCCUGUGCUCCCCUAGCCCCAGCUCCCAUCCCAAACCUCAAAGUGUUUGAGCGGGAAGGACUACAGCUGAAUCUGUCUUUUGUUAGACCGCCUGGAACCCCUACUUUGCUCUUAAUCACUGCCACUGCUACCAACGCCUCAGAGGGUGAUGUCACCCACUUCAUCUGCCAGGCCGCUGUGCCCAAGAGUUUCCAGCUGCAGCUACAGGCCCCCAGUGGGGACACAGUUCCAGCUCAGGGUGGCCUUCCAGUGACCCAGGUCCUCCGAAUCCUCAAUCCUAACAAGGCCCCCUUGCGGUUAAAGCUGCGCCUCACCUACAACCACUAUGGCCGGUCAGUGCAGGAGAUCUUUGAGGUGAACAACGUGCCUGUGGAGGCAUGGCAGUAACAGCCUCCACUCGGCCCGAAAUCCUCUUGGGUCCCAAACCCCUGGGUUCCCAGGUUCUUGGAGCCUACAUCUGAGGACUACCAGCAGGUGGCGCUCUGGUCCUGCGCUUGCCAUUGCAAAAACUGGAGGGGGCCCACCCUCUCCCCACAAAUAAUGAAAGUCCAAUAAAGCCUAAGGGGGUGAGUUA